GAGGAUGCUCGUGAUCUGGAUGCCUAUACAUUAGCCAAGUCUUACUUUGAUCUGAAGGAAUAUGACAGGGCUGCCUAUUUUCUACGAGGCUGCAAGAGUCAGAAAGCUUACUUCUUGUAUAUGUACUCUAGAUAUCUGUCAGGGGAAAAGAAGAAGGAUGAUGAGACAGUCGAUAGUUUGGGACCUCUGGAAAAAGGACAGGUGAAAAAUGAAGCUCUACGAGAAUUGAGAGUUGAGCUCAGCAAGAAACACAAGGCACGGGAACUGGAUGGCUUUGGCCUUUAUCUGUAUGGUGUCGUGCUGCGGAAGCUGGACCUGGUGAAAGAAGCAAUAGAUGUGUUCGUUGAAGCUGCCCACGUCUUGCCUUUGCACUGGGGAGCCUGGCUGGAACUUUGCAACUUGAUUACAGAUAAAGAGAUGUUGAAGUUCCUGUCCUUGCCAGAUACAUGGAUGAAAGAGUUCUUUCUUGCACACAUUUAUACAGAGCUGCAGCUGAUAGAGGAGGCUCUGCAGAAGUAUCAGAGUCUCAUUGAUGCAGGAUUUUCCAAAAGCACUUACAUCAUCUCUCAGAUUGCAGUUGCCUACCACAAUAUCCGAGAUAUUGACAAAGCUUUAUCCAUCUUUAACGAGCUAAGGAAACAAGAUCCUUACAGGAUAGAAAACAUGGACACUUUCUCCAACUUGCUGUAUGUAAGGAGCAUGAAGCCUGAGUUGAGCUAUCUGGCUCACAAUCUCUGCGAGAUAGACAAGUAUCGUGUUGAGACCUGCUGUGUAAUUGGGAAUUAUUAUAGCUUGCGUUCCCAGCAUGAAAAAGCAGCACUCUAUUUCCAGAGGGCCUUGAAACUGAAUCCUCGUUAUCUGGGAGCCUGGACACUCAUGGGACAUGAGUAUAUGGAAAUGAAGAACACAUCUGCAGCUAUCCAGGCUUAUAGACAUGCAAUAGAGGUGAACAAAAGGGACUACAGAGCAUGGUAUGGCUUGGGGCAAACCUAUGAAAUCCUCAAAAUGCCAUUUUACUGUCUCUAUUACUACCGACGGGCCCACCAGCUCAGACCAAAUGAUUCUCGUAUGCUGGUUGCUCUAGGAGAAUGCUAUGAGAAACUCAAUCAGUUGGUGGAAGCUAAAAAGUGCUACUGGAGAGCUUACGCUGUGGGAGAUGUGGAGAAAAUGGCACUGGUGAAACUAGCAAAGCUGCAUGAACAGCUGAAUGAAUCUGAACAGGCAGCUCAGUGCUAUAUCAAAUACAUCCAGGAUAUCUAUUCCUGUGGGGAGAUAGUGGAGCACCUGGAGGUCAGCACUGCCUUCCGUUACCUGGCCCAAUACUACUUCAAGUGUAAGCUCUGGGAUGAAGCCUCAGCAUGUGCUCAGAAAUGCUGUGCAUUCAAUGAUACUAGAGAAGAAGGAAAGGCCCUGCUGCGGCAGAUCUUACAGCUUCGCAACCAAGGAGAAACCUCAUCCACAGAUAUUGCUGCUCCCUUUUUCCUCCCUGCGUCACUGUCAGCCAACAACACUCCCACGCGUCGUGUCUCUCCACUGAAUCUGUCUUCUGUAACACCAUGAACCAUGCUGAUACUUCUAACCUGUGCAUUGAAUGUGACGUUGCAGAUGGGGCUUGCAACCACUUCUUUCCAGUGAAAUUUCUACAUUCAUUGUUGCCUUCACAUGGAGAGCAGGAGUUACUAGAGCCCACAGCUGAAGAUGGAUGUGCCCCAACAGGCAAAGGUGCAGCCUCUGUGAAAGUGCCUAUGCUGAGAUGAGAGAACUUGCUGUACUUCUCACCAAGUCAUUCCAGUCAGAGGGCAGACAUGGUCCAAUACCCAGGACUACUCCUAACUGAGGGAUUGGGAAGAGCUU